GGCUCCACAUGACAACAUGGUUCGCUGCUUUCUGAUCAACACUGUCUGCCCGGUCGGUGCUCUCUCUGCCGGGGAGAGCAGGGUGCUUUACUCCCGUGUCUUCGGCCCGGAUGUAGGCGCUGUGUCCGGCCAGCAGCAGCAGCUCAGCCCGGAAGAGAGGCGACUCCUGCAGGAGGAGAAGCUCUCUGUGGUGGCGCGGCAGGUCCGCAGCGCUGUGUCUCUGUCCCGGGAGGCGUCGGGUCGGCUGCUGGUGGAGGCGGUGCCGGGCGAGGAGGCGCUGGCCCUGCAGGAUGCUGACAGCGGAGUGGUGAGGCUGAGGGCUGGAGACCCCUUCUCCGAGGAGAUGAGCGCACUGUGGCUGGGUGUCCAGAGUUUGGGCUUCGUUCUGGUUUGCGAGCCUCACGAGAACCUUCUGCUGGCUGAGGGGACGCUGCGCAACCUGACGAGACACUGCCUGGAGCACGUGCACUUGUUGGGAGGGGGGAGCGAGGUUCUACUGAAGAGCAGCCGUAUCGAUGUACUGCUCAGCCGCCUGCUUCCUCACGGCCAGCUCCUCUUCCUCAACCAUCGCUUCGCACAGAGCUUGGAGAAGGAGGUGGCAGCCUACAUGGCCAAGUGAGCUUUCACCAUAUUGGGAGGGGAAGGGGGGGGUCACUGCUAUAGCACCGCACUCCGGCCCUGACUCCCGGUCUGAGAGCCGUGCUAGCUGUCGCGUUAGACAAACAAGCUGUUGUUUACCAUUCGGUGACAUUUCUGCGGCGGUGGAAGGAGAACGGACUACUGGCAGCUGCUUUUUCAGAUUGCAUGAGGAGUAAACACAUACAGUGGUAAAUAUCUACCGCAGCCACUUGCAGCUCCCUCACUGGUGGCUGUUUACUGUGUGGGAGGCUUCAGUUCAAAUCCUGUUUGUUAAAUUGAAGAGUGGAAAGGAAAAUGUGGCAGAUUAGAGAAGCUGUCGACGGGGCCAGUUACAACCUACUUAUCGACAUCAAAGUGGCAUUUAUCUGAUGCACGAUACUUAAAAUGUCACGAUGCAACCUUGAGGAACUAGGCACGACCUGCUGGUUUUUUUUGUGUGUGCAGUCGAUUAUGUCCUCAUUAGCUGCUGCUAAGAGGGAAAUUCUGGGAGGAUAAAUUAAUCUCAGUGGUGCAUUGUAACCUUUUUUGACUUGUAAUGGACCCUUCGUUCCUGAAGAGAAGGAGGACACCAGAGCAGUUUAUUUUAUGGGUUGUUUAUGCAGUACACUAUGUUAUUUAUCAUCUUAUAGUAACAAAUAGCUGGAAAGAUUAAAGUUAGGCCUGUUCAGUGUCAUUUUGAAGCAAGAAAUGUAAUGACUUGUGAGACUUUGAGGACAAUGAAAAGGUCAAGAAAUAAACAUGAAACCACAACGGAUACACACGUGGAAAUCUUUCAUGCAGACUAUAAGGACGAAACAGGAACCAAUGACAGCAUCAUCAUUAACAGAAACACUCAGGCACACAACAAGUGACAAAUGCACUCCCUUAUCUUCUGAACAUCUGUUGUACCGCCGACUGCAGCUCGAUGUUGAACCCAGACUCUCCUGCUCCUCCUCCUCCUGGUCUCGUGAAAUCCACUCAACCAAAUCCAAACCAGAGUGGUGAUUUAGUAAGAGGAGGGGGGGUGGGGGGGAUAUGGUGAGAAGGGGGGUUAUCUGUCUGGAUGCCAGCAUCAGUUGCUUUGAUCCUCUCCUUUUUUUUUUUUUUCUGUGUUAAAAAAUAAAACUAAUUUCUAGUAUUACCUAAGGCGUAUUCUUUGAAACUCUGCAAUCAAGGACAUGGUGUGUUUCCAAAAAAAGAAGAGACACCAAGGGAUAGGACAUUAAAAAUGAUUAAACACACAAAAGGAGGAUUUAGAGUUAGCGUACAUCUGGUGAAGGGGAAAACCACAAACUCGACAUCAGCUGGAUGAAAACACCUGUGAAGUGAGUUAA